AUGAUGAAUUUCAAUACUACUCCGUAUGAUCCUUCGAUUGAUCCUUUCAAUCCAUUUGGUUAUGUACCAGAUCUUAAUUUAGCUAUCGCGUCGACAGUUGUGUAUGGCGUCGUAACUAUUUUAUUAACAAUAUCAUCGGUUUAUUAUCGAACAUGGUAUUUCUUAGUGAUGACAAUAUCUGGUGUAUCAGAAGUAAUUGGUUAUGCAUAUCGAUGGACUCUCGCCCACAAUCCCGACCAACGGACACCCUAUAUCAUCAUGUACUGUUGUAUUGUUUUGGCACCAGUUGGUUUAGCUUUAGCCGAUUAUAUCCUUGUUGGUCGUCUGAUUCGACUAGCUGGUCGUCAGUAUUCAAUAGUGAAUCCACGAUUUGUUGAGUUUGGUUUCAUUAUUUCUGACAUACUUUCCAUCGGUGUACAAUCGGCUGGUGCAGGACUGAUCACAAGUGGCAAAUUGGAGAACCUCACCCGUGGUAGUAAUGUUUUAAUCGGUGGAUUAGGCAUUAAUUUAGUUAGUUUUUGUUUUUUUGCAUUGGUGACAUUGCAUUUACAUUGGGCUAUCCAUCGUCGUAAAGCCGACUUUACAGGAAAAGAACGAUGGGUUAAGAUGUUCUAUGCCUUGUAUCUUAGUAUGGUUUUGUUAAUCGUUCGUUCGAUUUAUCGAAUUGUGGAAUUUGCGAUGGGUUUUCGAGGUUAUCUUGCCAUUCACGAAGUUUAUUUCUACGUAUUCGAAUGUCUUCUGAUUAUAUUUGCAUUUGCAUUAUUUCUCCCUCUCCAUCCAGGCAUCUGGAUGGUGGAAGAUAAUCACGAUGUUCUUAUCAAAGUAUCACAACGCAGAAAUAUUAUUCCUAUUGCCGAGGUUUUAUUUCAUUUUAUCUGCUCAAUCGGUCGAUUCUUUCGGAAAAUUUUUCAAACUAUUUUUGGACGACGCCAUGAAGAACUCGAUACAUCUCUUUCUCGCACGGAACCAGUUACACUGGAACAUAUUCGCAUUAUAAAUGACAUGGAGAACGAUUCCACUCGUCCUUAUCAGUCAUCUACUUCGUUGUCAAAAGCACCACCACAGCCAGAAUGGAAUUCUUGGGGUAGUGAAGAUAUUUUUCGACAAAAAGCAUUAGAAAAUCAUUCGCCGACUGAUGGCAAUAACGAUGAUCAGAUAGAUUAUUUCAGUGAUAUUGCAGCAACGGUUAAAAAGACCCCGAAAAUCAUCUUGAAAAAACGUGUAAAUGAAAACGAUGGGCAUUUCAAUUUCGUUAAUCCAUCAACCAAUCGAUUACAAAUGACCAGUGAUGAUUUAACUGAUUUUCAACCAGGUCUUAAUGAAUGGCAAGAAGGGGGUGAACAAUCUGUGUCAAGUAGUGCGGGUAUCUGGAAUGAAAACGAUGAUUUCAGUGAAGUUUUACAUGAUGCAGAUGCGGCUCUUCGUGAAAGUCGUCGACUGGAACGUGAAAAGAAACUCCGUGAACAUCAACAAAGAAAACUUGAAAAAGAAGCGUCGAGACCUUCAUCACAUAAACGUGACAGUUUAUCAUAG